AUGGAACUACCGACCAUGCGCAAGGAAAAUGUCAGCGAAUUACGUCAAAUCGCGGACGGCGCGUCUAAACAUGUACACGCCCUUCGGGCAUUGAAUCGUCCGACCGCGCACUGGGACGACCUACUCCAACUAACCGACUUCAUUUCUCAUCGAUGCCAAGUAAUCGAGGUUACCAGUAACGUCAAUGCCACCUCCACAAAGAACACCAGUGCACGUGCUGGUGGUAAGGAAAAACGACAAGCGCGCGUCGCGACACUCAAAUUUAAAUGGAGUUACUGCAAGGGCGAUCAUUUCAUAUAUCAGUGCAAAGAGUUGCUGAAUCUCCCAGUGUCUAGUAGACAAGCCGAGAUCCGGAAAUUAAAAAUUUGCCUUAAUUGCUUGCGCUCCGCGUCGCACGCCGCUAACAAAUACUCAUCGGGAGCCUGCAGAAUCUGCAAAAGUAAGCAUAAUACGUUGCUGCAUGUGACCACCCCCACCGAGGCGAUUACAUCCGUUCAAGAAGCGCCUGAAAAACAAGCGUCGCCUGCGUCACCAGCCGCGUUAGUUACACAUCUGUCGUGCCCGGGCGAUGGCAGGUACGCCAUGCUCUCGACGCCGUGUCGAGUAUUGUUGGACUGUGGCUCACAGGCGAACUUCGUGUCAAGGAAGUUCUUGCAUGCUCUCAAGCUGAAACUUCGUUCCCUGAAUAUAUCCAUUUCGGGCAUAAACUGUGCGACCUCUAGGGCCACGCAAACCGUUCGCCUAAGAAUGCAAUCGCGUCUAAAUGCAUUCUCUUUCGACGUCGAAUGCAUCGUGACUGAUCAGGUCACCGACAAGCUUCCGUCAUUUACGAUCAAACGAUCAGAUUUUAAUCUACCGCGUAAUUUGCGACUCGCCGAUCCUCAAUUUAAUAUCUCUGCCGACGUCGACGCUCUAAUUGGUGCGGACUUAUUCUGGGACCUGAUAUGUGUAGGUCAGGUCAAGGCAUCGCAGUACCGCUCGACAUUGCAGAAAACGCGGCUGGGGUGGAUACUAGCCGGUCGAUUGGGCAACCCCACAACGUCGUCGCAAAGAAUUCGAUCCUUUCAUGCAACAGUAACCAACGUGAAGUUACACGAACAGCUAAGCAAGUUUUGGCGACAGGAGGACAUCGGCGGCCGGUCGACCAGUUAUACCAUCGAGGAAUCUCUAUGCGAAAGGCAUUUCUUAGAAAACGUAUCCCAGACUCCCAGCGGCAGAUACAUGGUAAAGCUAUCGAUCAAGGAAUCGGCAAUCGCUAAGCUCGGAGACUCUGAAAACAUCGCGCGAAAACGACUGCAGGCGCUUGAGAAGCGCUUCAAGCGUGAGUCGACCUUGAGGCGUCGUUACGAGCAUUUCAUCCAGGAGUAUGCGACGCUCGGGCACAUGAAGCUAGCUUUCCCACAUUCCAAUGAAGGGCCAUCCUGUUACUUACCACAUCACUGUGUAUUCAAGGCGGCGGGACCAUCGUCCAAACUACGAGUGGUCUUUGACGCGUCCUGUAAAACGAGCACGGGAUUUUCGCUGAACGACGCGCUUAUGGUGGGACCCGCCGUGCAGCAGGACUUAAUGUCCAUCCUGCUGCGUUUUCGUAUCGGUAUGUCUUCACAGCCGACAUAA